AUGAUUUCUCGCCUCAAGACACCCAGUUUAUUCAAUUCACUCAAGAGUAGUCUUGCAGUCUCAGGGAAACUUGCAUUUUCCUUGGUCAAUUCCAGAAAUGCUAGCUGGAAUUGUAGUCCUAUUUGGAGUGGACGCAAUGGCAAUAGACUUCCUGUCGCUACUAUUUAUCGUGGAAACAAUGGUUUUAAUUUGAUGAACAGGCGCCUCUAUUCGGCUGGUCCAGAUCACUCAGAUACUAGGAAAGAGAUCACAGUUGGCUCAUCCUUUCCUGAUUACACAUUGCCAAUUCUACCAAUGACCGAGUAUUCUUCAAGACAUUCUGAAAAAUUGCUUGAUUUAAAUAAAUAUUUUGAUCAGCUUAAUUUUGAACUCAUAGCUUCCAGUAAAAUCCAAGAGAGAGCAAAAAACUUCUACAAGGAGCUAACUAAAGGAAUGGAGAAAAAAAUCAAAGACGACGAUGCUCCCAUAAAGUCAAUUGAGUAUGAUAAGUUUUCUCAAGCACUUAAAGAAAGGCUAAGCAAAUUUGACGAGGAAAAAAAGUUCCAUGGGCUUAUUUAUUAUAUUGAUCUCAAUUCAGUUAAAAAUAAGGAAGAUUUUGAGAAAAUCAAAGAGCCAUUGACGCAAUUAAACAUGCUCUAUAAGAACCCUCAAAUUUAUAAUGUUAUGGUUGUAACUAAGAACAUUGAUCCAACGAUAAUUUAUCAAGAUAUUAAUGGCAGUAAUUCUGGGGCACAAUUUGAUAUCUUUUUAAGCAUUUCAGAUUUAGAACUAAAGUAUCCAAUUGUUCAUGAUAUUAAUGAAGAAAUAUACAAUUCGUUACCGUUCAGUAAAAAUAACAAGAACGAAUCUAUUUUCCAAAGCAUUAUACUUCUUGAAAAGCCUCACCAGGUCCGAUUAGUUUUGUCUGUUGAUUCAUCAUUUAAUUCAAGAAUUAUAAAGGAUUUGCUAAUGGAAUCUGUGGAAUUUACUGAGAAUUUCUCAAUUUUUGGAUCAAAAGUAGCUCCAUUGGAACUUAAAAAGAUAAAUGGGUCUAUGCUAUUUAGAAAAUGGCUUCUUUUAACAUUUUUUUGUUUUUGUUUUUUAUCAGCAUUUGAUAUGAUUGCAAUGAAGCUUUUAGGUGUUAAUAAAGAGGAUAUUCAAAAAGAAUUUGAACAAAGAAGAGAAGUAGCCAUUGCAGCAGCUCAAAAGGCAAAACAGCAAAAGCAAGGGCAACAACAAGGCUCAAGUGACAAAAAUAGCGAUGAAUUUGAAAAUUACGGAGAAUAUAAAAAGGAUUCCAACCAGUACUAA